GCGUUACAGUACUCUCAAUACACUGAGCUCCUCACUCGUACUUCCGCCGCUGUUGGAGCCACUCCGACACCUAUCAAGUCUGAGGUUCCUGCCGCUCCUGCAGGCGGGCAAGUCGGUCAGAUCCCCAAUGGCGAGGCCCAGAAGGAGCAGGCGGAGCCGGCCGUCUCGGGAGCCGCAGGCCAGAAGGUUCUGUCCCGCGAAGAGAAGGUUGAGUACCGGGACCAGGACGGCAACCUCCUCGACGAGGAGCAGGUGAAGGCCUUGGAGGGCAAGGUUGAGUUCAAGACGAAAUACGAGACGCGGACACGCGUCGUCGACGCCAGUGGAAACGAGGUUCAGAUGCCUGAGGGUGGCUGGCCUCAAGAGCAGAACGUCGCCCCUCCUCAUCCUGAUGUUCAGGGCGUCGAUCAAGAGACCAAGUCCAAGGCCGACGACUCAGCCGCCGCCCCUAAGGUCGCCGAGAGCGUCGAGGGCCAGAGAGAGGCCGAGCAGAAGAAGGCCAAGCCCGCAAGCGAUGGCGGCAAGGAGGCUACUGCUCAGGAAGAGCUCUAA